AAGCGGGCGCGGCGGCGGAGCAUCCUCGGGUACCGCGGCCCCGGUGCCGGCCGCUUUCCCCCCCCCCAUCCCCGCAGCCUCCUAUGGGCCCCGCUCGGCGUUAGCAUGGGCACGGUGCUCUCCCUGUCCCCCGCCGCCUCCUCGGGCAAGGGGGGCGGCGGCGGCGGGGGGCUGCUGGCCGACAAGGCGCCGCCGGGAAGGGUGCCGGGCAAAGGCGAGAGCCGGCUGAAGCGGCCCGGGGUGCUCAUCUCGGCGCUCACCUGGAAGCGGCUGGUGGCCGCCUCGGCCAAGAAGAAGAAGAGCACCAAGAAGGUGACGCCCAAGCCCGGCGGCGGGGCCCCGGGGGGGGUCCCGGGGGGCCAGCCCGACCCGCUGGUGGCUCAGCGCAACCGCGAGAACUUGCGCAAGUCGCUGGGGGACGGAGCCAAGCAGGGCCCCCUGGCCGUGCCCGUGCCCACCGUGCCCUCGGCGGCGCCCCAGGAGCUGCACCCGGGCUCGGGGGGGGGCAAGCCGCCGCCGCCCCCCCCGCCGCCGCCGCCGCCGCUGCCGCCGCCCGGUAGCCGGGCUCCGGGCUCGCCGCGCCGCGUGGUGGUGCAGGCGUCCACCGGGGAGCUGCUGCGCUGCUUGGGGGACUUCGUGUGCCGCCGCUGCUACCGGCUGAAGGAGCUGAGCCCCGGCGAGCUCAUCGCCUGGUUCCGCAGCGUGGACCGCUCGCUGCUGCUGCAGGGCUGGCAGGACCAGGGCUUCAUCACCCCGGCCAACCUGGUGUUCGUCUACCUGCUGUGCCGGGAGGCGCUGCGCGGCGAGGAGAUCGGCAGCCAGGCCGAGCUGCAGGCGGCCUUCCUCACCUGCCUCUAUCUCGCCUACUCCUACAUGGGCAACGAGAUCUCCUACCCGCUCAAGCCCUUCCUGGUGGAGGGCGACAAGGGCCGCUUCUGGGAGCGCUGCCUGGGCAUCAUCCAGCGCCUGAGCGCCAAGAUGCUGCGCAUCAACGCGGACCCGCACUACUUCACGCAGCUCUUCCAGGACCUCAAGAGCGAGGGCGAGGCCGGAGACGGGGCCAAGCACUGGACGAUCAGCCUGGACCGCUAGGGAGGUAUCGGGCCCCCGGCGGGGGAGGCCAAGGACUGCCGGAUCCCCCCCUCCCC